CUGUUCUCGUGAUAAAAGUAAAUAUCUACAAGCUCAACAAUUUGGCUUGGAUUUGAGUACUCGAAAUGAUUAUGAAAAACGUUUAAAGAAAGCUUUCAGAGGUUUGCAAGAAAAGUACGUUGGAAAAUUUCGAAAUAAUUCAUAUAAUGAAAAUCUUUUGCGGUUGUUUUAACUGUUGAUCAUCAAGCUUGGAAUGUAUCUAUGACACCGGCAUUUUACUGCAUUUAAACUUCCGGCUCGCUGUUUGUUUUAGUGUCUCGUCUCUUGUUAGGAUGCGCGAAAUCGUUCAUAUACAGGCAGGUCAGUGCGGCAACCAAAUUGGAGCUAAGUUUUGGGAAGUAAUAUCAGACGAACAUGGCAUUGAUCCAACUGGGACGUACCAUGGGGACUCUGAUCUUCAGCUAGAACGCAUAAAUGUGUAUUACAAUGAAGCAACCGGUGGAAAGUAUGUGCCUCGUGCUGUUCUGGUCGACCUAGAACCUGGGACUAUGGAUAGUGUGCGUGCUGGUCCAUUUGGUCAGUUAUUCCGACCAGAUAACUUUGUUUUCGGACAAAGUGGGGCUGGAAAUAAUUGGGCAAAAGGCCAUUACACCGAAGGUGCUGAGUUGGUUGAUUCCGUCUUAGAUGUUGUUCGCAAAGAGGCGGAAUCUUGUGAUUGUCUUCAGGGUUUUCAGCUCACUCACUCUCUUGGAGGAGGUACUGGUUCCGGAAUGGGGACACUACUUAUUUCUAAAAUCCGUGAAGAGUAUCCAGACCGUAUUAUGAAUACCUUCUCAGUCGUUCCAUCGCCUAAAGUAUCUGAUACUGUCGUAGAGCCAUACAACGCAACUCUUUCAGUUCACCAGCUUGUAGAAAACACUGACGAAACAUAUUGCAUUGAUAACGAAGCGCUGUAUGACAUAUGCUUCCGAACUUUAAAGCUCACCACUCCAACAUAUGGUGACCUAAAUCACUUGGUAAGUGCGACCAUGUCAGGUGUUACGACAUGUCUUCGAUUCCCCGGCCAGCUGAAUGCUGAUUUAAGGAAAUUAGCUGUAAACAUGGUACCAUUUCCACGUCUACACUUUUUCAUGCCUGGAUUCGCUCCUCUUACUAGUCGUGGUAGCCAGCAGUAUCGUUCCCUUACGGUACCUGAAUUAACUCAACAAAUGUUUGACGCGAAGAAUAUGAUGGCCGCUUGCGAUCCACGCCAUGGACGAUAUUUAACAGUUGCCGCAAUGUUUAGAGGGCGCAUGUCAAUGAAAGAAGUUGAUGAGCAAAUGCUUAACGUUCAGAACAAAAAUUCGAGCUAUUUCGUCGAAUGGAUACCUAAUAACGUCAAGACAGCUGUGUGUGACAUUCCACCAAGAGGUUUGAAAAUGUCCGUCACUUUCAUCGGGAACAGUACGGCUAUUCAGGAGUUAUUCAAGCGUGUUAGCGAGCAGUUCACUGCUAUGUUCCGACGCAAGGCUUUUUUGCAUUGGUAUACAGGUGAAGGUAUGGAUGAAAUGGAGUUCACAGAGGCAGAAUCAAAUAUGAAUGAUCUCGUCAGCGAGUAUCAACAGUAUCAAGAUGCAACAGCCGAAGAGGAAGGGGAUUUCGAGGAAGAAGAAAACGAAGUAGCAUGAAUUAACGAUUGUUUAAAAAUAAGCCUAAUAAAUUUCAUGUUUCUAUGAGUUGUUUCUAGGUUUCAGCUGUUAGGUAUAGUGUUAUGCUCUGUUUAUUGUGUUGUGGUCUGAUCUGUUACAAUCUCUGUAUUUG